UAUACAAUAUGAAAUUAAAAAAAAUAAAAGAUAAGACAUCAUCCAAUCAAUAAUUGCACUCGAGAAGUGUACGUAUAAUAUAUAGUGAUAAUGGGUGGCCUAGAUUUAUGAGUAUUGUUAAUUCCUUGGUCUUCUUCUAUUAUCGAGCAUGGCAUCAAAAAGGAAGAGCGGUUGCAGCAAGGAGUUCGCAGAGAGUUAUAUGUUGUUGAACCCAGAAGACGCUGAUUUCUUUGAUCUAUUAGGUGUCCUAUUUUCCCGAAAGUUGGGAAAUCGAAGAUUCGUGGAGUGUGACGCAGAGGGGGCUGUUGAGGGAAGCUUCCGCCACAGAUGGCUCAUAUUUGUGUCUGUCGUACUGCAGAAGUUUCUCAUGUACGUCGCUAAGCCACUUGCCUUUUUCGGCUCUUGCAUUGAGCUCCUCAUCAACCUCCUUCUCCUCAACGGUGGCUUCUUCAGAAUAUUCAUUAACUUUCUCACAUGUAACCUGGUGAUCCCGAAACGUGAUACACCAAAUUAUUUGUCUUGUAUUGGAAAUUUGGACGUGCGAAUAAAGUUGGAUGCUAUCAAGCGCGAAGACAGCAGGUACUAUGCUUCAAUAGCCAUGAUGGCUUCAAAAGCAUCAUAUGAGAAUGCAGCUUACCUUAAAGGUCUAAUUACAAAUCAAUGGAAGAUGCAAUUCGUGGGAUUUUAUGACUGCUGGAAUGAUUUUCAAGAAAAGGCGAUGACUCAACUCUUGGUUCUCUUGGACAAGCAUGAGGAGCGCGACACUUACGUGGUGGCUUUCCGAGGAACGGAACCCUUUGAUGCAGAUGCAUGGUGCACUGACCUUGACAUCUCGUGGUAUGGGAUUCCGGGCAUUGGAAAAAUGCAUGGUGGCUUUAUGAAAGCCUUAGGGCUACAAAAGAAUGUGGGGUGGCCUAAGGAGAUUCAGUGGGACGAAAAUGUUCCCCCGUUAGCCUACUACGUUGUUAGGGACAUUUUAAGGAAAGGUUUGAGCGAAAAUCCGAAUGCAAAGUUUAUACUUACGGGUCAUAGUUUGGGUGGAGCACUCGCAAUCCUCUAUCCCACCAUCAUGUUCUUGCAUGAUGACAAGUUGCUGAUUGAGAGGUUGGAAGGAAUCUACACGUUUGGACAACCAAGAGUUGGAGAUGAAGCAUAUGCAGAGUUCAUGAGACAAAAACUGAGGGAAAAUUCUAUCAGGUAUUGCAGGUUUGUUUAUUGCAAUGACAUAGUUCCGAGGUUGCCCUACGACGAUAAGGACUUGCUCUUCAAGCACUUCGGGGUCUGUCUUUUCUUUAACAGGCGUUAUGAACUCAGGAUGAAGAGCCCAAUAAAAACUAUUUCUCGCCAUGGAGCGUGAUACCCAUGAUGUUCAAUGCUAUUUUGGAAAUAAUAAGGAGCUUUACGAUUGCGUACAUAAAUGGACCUCUCUAUAGAGAAGGAUGGUUUCUGUUCGGUUUCAGGUUGUUUGGUUUACUUAUUCCUGGCAUACCUGCUCAUGGUCCCCAAGAUUAUAUUAAUUCCACUCUUCUGGGAUCAAUUGAAAAACAUUUUAAAGCAGAUUGAUGAGUUCGUGUGAGUUAUUUCAUAGUAGUAAUAAGCUUGCUAGCUUUAGGUUAAUUUGGUGCAUGGAGUUAUCAUAAUUAAUGAGAUCAGUGUGCAGCUGUUUAUUUUAUUAUGUCUCGAAACGACCAAAAUUGCUAAAUAAUUAAUAUUACUCUAUAUUUGGAUCUUU